GCAAAAACAGAUGUCUCAAAUUUGGCUGGAGAAUUGUCAUUGCUUUCUGGAUUGGUGUUGUGGAUAGCAACAUUUCCUCGAAUUAGGAGAAAGAUGUUUGAACUCUUCUUCUACACUCAUCAUUUCUACAUUCUCUUUGUCGUCUUUUUCGUCUUCCAUGUUGGUGUCUCUUAUGCUUGCAUCAUGCUUCCCGGUUUCUUCCUCUUCAUGGUUGAUCGAUUCUUGAGAUUCUUACAGUCACGAUCAAAUGUUCGUUUAGUCUCUGCUCGUGUUCUACCAUGUGAAACUCUUGAGCUGAAUUUCUCCAAGACUAAAGGUUUAAGUUACACACCGACUAGCAUCAUGUUUGUGAAUGUACCUAGCAUUUCAAAAUUGCAAUGGCAUCCUUUUACAAUCACUUCAAGUAGUAAUUUGGAGCCAGAGAAGAUCAGUGUUGCCAUUAAGGGUGAAGGAAGUUGGUCCAAAAAGCUCUACCAGAUGAUCUCUUCCCCUAAUUCUGUCGAUCGUCUUAAUGUCUCUGUUGAAGGACCUUAUGGACCUCCUUCCACACAUUUUCUAAGGCAUGAUUUAUUGGUUAUGGUAAGUGGAGGAAGUGGAAUUACCCCUUUCAUCUCCAUAAUUAGGGAGCUAAUCCACACAAGUGAGUCACAAAAAUGCAAGACACCAGAAAUCCUACUCAUCAGUGUGUUCAAGAACUCGGAAGAUCUCACCAUGUUGGACCUUCUCCUUCCUAUAUCCGGUGCCCCAUCUGAAACUUGUAAAUUGGGGUUACAAAUUGAGGCUUUUGUAACAAGAGAAAAGCAACCUGUGUCGACAGAAGACAAGAAGAACUUGAGGACCAUAUGGUUCAAGCCCAACCCAUCUGAUGAGCCUAUCACUCCAAUUCUUGGACAAAACAAUUGGCUCUGGCUUGGUGCUAUCAUAUCAUGUUCCUUCAUCAUUUUCUUGAUUUCCCUGGGAAUCUUGAAUAGAUAUUACAUAUAUCCAAUCGACAAAAAUACUAAUGAUAUAUUUUCUUAUCCAAUAAAGGCCGUGUUGAAUAUGCUAAUCAUUUGCAUAUCUAUAGUCAUCACAAGUAGUGCUGCAUUUGUUUGGAACAAGAGACAGAGUGGCACUGAUGCAAAACAGAUUCAGAACAUGGAAGGUGCAACUCCUAUGGCUUCGCCUAAUUCUUGGUUCUAUAAUGCUGAUAGGGAGAUGGAAAGUUUGCCCCAACAGUCACUUUUUCAAUCAACUAAUCUCCAUUUUGGUGAAAGGCCUGACCUCAAAAGACUGUUGUUUGAGAGGAAAGAAUCAAGUGUUGGAGUUUUGGUGUGUGGCCCAAAAAAGAUGAGACAUGAAGUUGCUACCAUAUGUUCAUCUGGUUUAGCAUCCAACCUUCAUUUUGAGUCUAUCAGCUUCAGUUGGUGA